AUGUUUGAUCAAAAGGAAGCCAGAUCUUUCAACACUCCCAUUGGAGACCACUUCAAGCUAAAGUCUCUUACAGAAGAAGAAGCGUCUUUUGAAGAAGAAAAGAUGAAGGGAGUUCCUUAUGCUAAUGCUGUUGGUAGCAUUAUGUAUGCUAUGGUAUCAACAAGACCUGAUUUAGCAUAUGGAAUUGGUUUGGUUAGUAGGUUUAUGAGCAAACCAAGCUUGGAACAUUGGCAAGCUGUGAAAUGGUUACUAAGGUACAGGAAGGGCACUGCAAACCUACAGAUUUUGUACACAAAGUCAGACCAGAAACAAUGUGAAGUUAUGGGGUAUUGUGACUCAGAUUUUGCUGGAGAUUAUGAUAAAAGAAGAUCUUUAUCUGGGUAUGUUUUCACUGUUGGAGGGAAUGUUGUAAGCUGGAAGUCUAAUUUACAACAUGUUGUGGCUCUCUCCUCGACUGAAGCAGAAUACAUAGCUCUCACAGAAGUAGUAAAAGAAGCUCUUUGGUUAAAAUGGAUGAUGAGUGAGCUGGGAUUUAGACAAGACCAUGUGAUUGUACAUUGUGAUUCACAAAGUGCAAUACAUUUGUCUAAGAAUACUGUGUUUCAUAAAAGAACGAAACACAUAGAUGUUAAACUCCAUUUUCUCAGGGAUAUUGUCUCAAAACAACUUGUCAAGAUUGUGAAGAUAUCCACUGAGAUAAACCCAGCUGAUAUGAUGACUAAGGUCAUACCCGUGAGCAAGUUCACUUCGGCCUUGAACUUGCUUGGCAUCAAGAUGGGAAUCCCUUAG